AUGGCCUUCAUGCUCUACUCUCUGCUGCAGGCGGCUCUGCUGUGGGUGAACUCCAUCACCAUACCACACAAGGAGCACUUCCUUAAGAAUAUUGGUUGGGGAACAGACCAGGGAAUGGGCAGAUUCAGAAAGGAGCCAGGAUUUCGAUCUGUAAGUAAAGUGAUGGGAGUGUCAUUGAUAAUAGUAAACUCAAUUACCAUUGUAUUACUUUUGUUACUUGGCUGA